AAAAAAACAACAAACUAUUCGUACCGAGUUUUCAAGCCGCAGUAAUGUCAGUUGCGUGCGAUAUUCAAUUCGACGAAAAUCCGCACGGAGUGUAUUUCCCCGGUCAAACACUGGCCGGUAGUGUGGAGAUCCGGUUGUCGGAGGAGACCAAAGUUAAAGGCAUCGCGCUACGAAUCGAGGUAAAAUGGAACGAAAAAACGGGUACGGGUAAGAAUCGGAGGACCAUUCACUACCGCGGUCGCCAGGACUACAUGCACUCCACUAGCUAUCUGGUAGGAUCCAAGGAAGGGAACACAAUCGUUCUGCUGCCGGGAAUGCACACAUACCGGUUUGCCUGUGUACUUCCAUCCAAUCUGGUGACUUCGAUCGAAGCCGAACAUGGUCACGUUCGGUACACGGUUAAAGUCAUUCUCGAACGUUCGUGGAUGAUGGAUAAAUCAUACAAGGUUGCGUUUACGGUUCUGCGUCACAUUGAUCUGAAUCAGGAGUACGACGUUCGACUGCCGGUUAAAAUGGAGAAGGCAAAGACGUUCCUGUGUGGACCGUGUAGUUCGAAACCGAUGAACAUUGCGGCACAGGUUCCCAUCACCGGGUACGUUCCUGGUCAAACCGUGGCGGUUAAAAUUGACGUUGACAACCAGAGCACGAAAAACCUAGAUGAGAUUGCUACCAAACUGGUGCGGAUAGUGUCUUUCAUUAGCCAAACUCCACACAGUAAAGUUAAGGCUGUAUUCUCGGUUAUAGCAGAGACCCGUUGCUCGGGAGUUAACAAGCUAAGCCAAGCAAGUUAUGAACAACACUUACUGAUACCUCCGAUGCCCCCAUCAAGCAGAACAUGUCAAGUACUAGCCAUAAACUACUGCAUCGAAGUCGAAGGUAAAAUUUCUGGUCCAGUGAUCAAUCCGAAGGUCAGAAUUCCAAUCGUUUUGGGAACGGUUCCACUUUCGACAAGUGCAAUUCCAACAAUCGCCAACACGGCGAACAUAGUUAUUCAACAACAAAUAGGAAGUAUGUCGUUAGAGGACCCGAACCUUCACCCAAACUUUCCAGCUGAAUUGCCACCCCCUUCGUAUGAGGAAGUGAUAAAUGCUAGCCGCACCAACAUUCAGGAUGAAGGAGAAUCCAACGAAAUCGGUUGGAGAGAUUUUACACCUCGCUAUAUGGUCUAUCGGUUCGGUGAUGCCGUCGAACAAGCGUCAGCUCCAACGUUUCCGUCGGAACCGGUUAUCGAACCGGCCGGAGAAAUAUCUACUAUGAAGAAAUGAAUGUCCAGGGUUCGUAACUUCGCCAGUGAAUGGUGGCGUACUCCACUAACAGAAAAUUCGAGGAAAUGGUAGAAAUUAUUAAGAUGGCUGCUUACUAAUAAAUUGUAAAAAUUCUAUUGUAUAAAAAUAAAGUGGUGGAAUAAUAUUACCAACACUCGUCACUUGUCACUUUAAUCGCCACAUCGUAUUUCACGUCUUCUUGCGAUUUUCAGAAUUGUUUUCCUUGGGUGUAAUUUAGAUUUUGUUCGCGGCAUGCUAUUCCGUAGCAUUUCUAUUGGUUUUUCGAACUAGCAAGAUGCCAAAUCCACCAAAUAAAACAGAACGGAACCGACUUGUUCUAUUUAUCAUCACGAUUUGGAGUCACUAUUCGUAUAGGCUCCGGAGAGACCGGUUCGAUUUUU